AUGCCAUUAGGAAACACUUCUUCAACAACACUAUUGAGCAAUUCUUCAACAGCACCAACCAGCACUUCGACAACCGCACCAGCCAGCACUUUUAUAACAGAACCAACUAGCUCUUCUUCAACAGCAACAGCCAGCACUUCUACAACAGACCUUUCCAUUGCAAAGGUGGAAUCAACCAACACUUCUACUGCACCAACCAGCACUUUAACUGUACAACCAACCAGCAUUUCUACAGUACCAGCCAGCACAAAUUAUCCAACAGCUCCAACCAGCAACUCCACAACAGCGCCAGCAAGCAGUUCUACAUCGGCACCAACUAGCAAAUGUGCUAUAUUUUUCCUCUGGUCCCCUCAGAAUCAGUGCUACAAUGUCACCUGUAACUACCAGGGCUGCCUCCGGGACCAGGUACAGAAUCAAACAGCGGACACCUGCAGUCGGGGUGAUGGAGUUUCUUGCUUG